AUGUUGAACGGACUUGAUUUGCCGAUUGACACUAAAGAAGCAGCAGCAAUUGAGUCCAGAAGAAGAAAAGAAAAAGAGCGUCAAGUGCGUAUUUUUGACGCCCGUACUCGCCAAAUCGGGAUCGAUGAAGAAGCUCUCAAAAACCAAGUGGAGGAGAGAAAAAAACAAGAAGAGCAGGAAAAACAACGUGAUUUGGCAUACGCUGCUGAUGCUGAGCGCAACGACAAAAUCGCUUGCCUUUAUGAGAAACGACAACAGGAUGAUGAAAGAGAACUUGCAAAAAAUCUUAAUGAGUUCAGAUUUCUCCAUCAACAGCCUGAGUCAAGAAGAGAAUUCGACUUAUAUGAUCCAAAUGCAUUAAAAUUCGACUGCCCCGCUCGUGUUUCUGAUGAUGACCCUCGAUGUGGAGUUGCUUCUCUUCAGAAGUUCGAUGGUGAGGACUUGAAUUCAAAGGCUAGGACAACGUAUCAACGAGAACAGCUGCAAAACUGGUUUGAAAGACAAAUAGAAGAGAAGAAUAGGGCUGAAAAUGCUAAGAAGGAAGCAGACAGGUUAUACGAUUUAAAGAGGAGGGAAUUAGACCAGCGAGCUUGUGAGCUUCAAAAAGCUGAGGAGCAAUGUCGACGAGCGAUAAAUGUAGCCAUGCAAAGAUUUAACAAAUUAUUAAAAGAGGAAAGUGAUCGGAAAGCUCUUCUUAAAGCUAAACAAACAGAAGAUGAAAAUAUGACAGAGAUAUGCAAUGCAAUAUAUGGUGAUUUUCUUAGUGAGAAUCCUGCCCAAUCAAUGUCUGCUUUUGGAAUUAAUCGAAUAAUUCCUGACCGUUACAAAGGAAUGACACCUGGGCAAAUAGAAGAUAUUCGUAAAAUACAGGAGGAGCAAAUAAAAGAAAAAGAGCGUGAAUUAGCAAAACAAAAACAAGAGGAUGAAGAAUGGGAUAAUCAAAUGUUGAAAUCGGCCAGAAUAGGUUUGUUGAUGGAAAGAGAAGUUGAACGCUCUGCACGUGAAAUGAAUCGAAAAGUGGCUGAAAAAAAUCUUGAACUGGCUCAUGAACAGAAAGCUUUUCAAGAAUAUUUGAACAAAGAACUGUAUACAAACCAACCAACUGGCCAUUAUUUCACGCAAUUCAAUACAACAUCACGUUGA